AUGUUGAUCGCCUCCAACAAUAUUAUCUCUUCUGCUACUGGAAUCCAGCAAGGUGAUCCACUUGGUCCGCUACUAUUUGUGAUGGCUAUUGAUGGGGUAGCUCGUUCCAUCACUUCUCUUUUCCAUAUAUGGUAUCUUGACGAUGCAACGUUGGGAGGAUCCAUCGAGGCCAUAGCUGCUGACCUCCGACAAGUUAUUCCUGCUUUAUCUCUGCUUGGACUUGAGAUUAACUCGUCCAAGUCAGAGAUAAUAAACUUGAAUUAUACUGCAGAUGAUUCUGAGAGUGCUGUCCAGGAUAUUAGACUCAUCCUUGAGGAUAUAAAAAUAACACCUAAGGAGGAAUUACAUAUUCUUGGUUCUCCAGUCUUUCCAAUGGCCAUUCGAGAGUGUUUGGAUACUAAGCAUGUCAUUCUAACAAGAAUGACUGAGAAAUUGCAAAUAAUUGAUGCAUACCCAGCCCUCUUCCUCUUGAAGAACAGUUUUUCGCUACCGAGUUUCCUCUACACUCUCUGA